CAGUUUUUGUUUCACUUUCUCUCUUUCAAUGUUAUAAUAUAUAUACUUCAAAUUUGGUAUCAUUUACAUUUAACAACAUCAACAACAAUUUGGAAGUUUUCAUAUAGUUAUUCGUAUAGUUAUGAAUUAGGGUGCACCUAUCACGUGCAUAUGUCCGCAUUGCUGCUGUGCGAUGAGAUUGUCGCAUUUCAGGUUGUUCUUGAUCUGUUUCUUGCCAGAGCGUUUAGGAUUUAAAGUGUGGUUUGUAUUUACAUUCAAGUCAAUCUGAAAGCCUUGCUACAACACUUCGGAUUUAUAAAGAAAGGAUUUAUCCAAAAACAAUGGCAAAACGCGGUGAUGCAGUGAAACCAAAGAAAGCGGCUGGUAAAUCUGAUCAGGAAGAAGACAGGAUGACUGAAAAGAAUGUAGACAUGUUCUCAGAGACUGAGCAGCAAGGUAAAAGCACUAAAUACAACAAGAGCAAUCAGUCUAAUGUCUCCUACACACAGAAGGACAAUAAACACACAGAAAAGAGAAAGAAAGGGUGGAUUUUGCCUCUGUGUGGACUAGUACUCAUCCUUGUUGCUGUGGUGUUUCAGUUCUUUCAUGGCUCAAUUUUCCAAAAAGAUAUUGUGGUGAAAUUGUUCAUUGAGAAACUGAAUAAAACUGAAUCUAGCUAUCCAAAUCAGCGCCCAAAGCUCUGGAUGCAAAGUCGUCGUCUUAUUAGCCACCACCUAAAGACAGCCACCCCCACUGAACCAGUCAGCCUGAUUCUGACAUCUGGUUACGGUGCCGAAAAAACCCUCGGCUGUCUAGCUAAGCACUUGGCUGAAGCAUUUUCCACCGCUUUAAAUUCCUCAGUCCUGAACAUUGAUGGAAAAAGCAAAGCAUCACAAGAUAGUGAUCAAGUCAAGCAAGACAUUAACAACAACCUCAUAAAAGCCUUUGAAGGUGAGAAGGUUGCUGCAGUUAUCCAUCGGUUUGAGGAGCUCCCACCAGGAUCUACUCUCAUCUUCUAUCGUUACUGUGACCAUGAAAAUGCGGCUUUUAAAAAUGUCUUACUGGUGUUUACUGUUAUGCUGGAUACAGAAGCAGAAAUACCAUCUAGUACCUCCCUUGACAAGGUUGAAGACAUGGUGCACGAUCAAAUAAAGCGGAAGUUCAUCUCCUCAGACAAGUCAGCUGAGUUUAAUCAAAUGGAUGUGGACAAACUAAGCGGACUAUGGAGCAGAAUUUCUCACGUUAUCUUGCCAGUGGUGGCUGAAGAGGAAACUGAGCAGCAGGGCUGUGGGCUUGAGAGUGAAUUGAUUUGAAAAUAGUUAUUGGACAUUUAUCUUUUCAUAAUACCUGAAAUAUAAAGCUCUGCUAUUCCUCCUAAAAGAAAGAGCUCUAUACUUUAGAGACUAGCAACGAUAUAUGCACAUACAAGUUGAGUUGGAAGUGUUGUUUUCCAUUCAGAUCAUUUGUAUCUAAAUUAUGCUUUAAGUGGCUAUUAAAGUUGUUCUUAAUAUUUUCUUUAGUUUGGCCAAAGAUUACAAUGGGUAAAUGUUACAGUUGGUGUGUUUAAAUAUGCUGAAUUAAUCAUGCCUUAAUAAAUACAUAUUUUCAACCA